UUAUACCUUGUUCUACAAAAAAUUGUUUAAACGAUGUCUGACGGCAGUGGAAUAACAAAAUUAACAGCCACAGAAGACGAUGGACUAGGAGACGGUACUCUGCGUCGUCCCAAGUUCUUACUAAGGAAGAAGCCGCCAAAAAAGCCAAAGACUAAAAUCAUCAAAAGAUAUUUUACGGCUGGACAUAAGAUAAAUGACCAAAAUCAGCGGGACUUUUAUGCCGAACCCAGUCCGUUUAGCUAUCCCAAUGACUUUGAAGCUUUCGCAGCAAAAGUUUUGUCCAAAGCAUGGAGAGAGGAUAUGAUCAGAAAGGAGUUGGCCAAAUCAGCUUUUGAAAGGACCAACCACAACUCGAGACAAUACCAAGAUUUGCUCAACAGACUGUAUGUCAAGGAACCAACUGUAAGUAACAUGAAAACAGUCACCGACAUAGACCCAGAAUAUUAUUCGGCCGUGGAAGGGCGACCGAUCAAAGAAAAGUUCGAGUACCUAAAAUACAAGAACACAAUGAGAGAGCUGUUGAAAACACGAAUCAUAAUCGGUUAUCGAGAAGACGACAUAAUGCUAAUCGACGAAAACAUCAAGAUGGAACGACUCAUCAUCCAGCAAAUGAAGGAGCGCUACCAAGUCUACGUGAAUAUCUUCGAAGAGUUCUUGUACAAGGACCAUACAAUGGCGAUGAAUCUACUCUCCGAAGCCGACAAGGCGUCAAAGAGGGCCAGCGAAAAGUACGAAGAAUACAAGCAGAUGGCCAAAGACUACUCCGGAUUGCGUUCCGUUUUGUACAACUUGGAAGAAAAGUGGAGGAACUGCCAGAUGUACCAAAAGUUUCUGUACCUCAUCAGUCCCAUCAGCUGGCGACGCGAACACGACCCCGACUUGGACAAAUCCAAGGAAUUCAUCACGGUGGAAUCCAUCAGGGAGAUCUUCAACAAAUACUCUACCACGGAGGACAAGGAUUUGGACGCAAUAAUGGACCAGUUUUUGUUGGACUGCGACACGUUGGAAGAACCGAAGCUGUAUUUUUCCGAACCUAAGCAAUUGAUGGACAUGUUCCUGUUUAUGGAGAUGCAGAAUUUGAAUUCGUUGUUGCAUUCUGAGGAACUGGCCGAACCUAUUGAGGCCCUCAAGAAUACGAUGGACAAAACCAGGCAACAGUUUGAUUUGGAAAUUAAGAACUUGAAGGACGCUAUUAAUAAACUGGAAGGAGGCAUUCUGUGGGAAGAGGAAAGGGCUUUGUAUUUGGAACAAAUGGCGCAUGAACUCAUUAAUGGUCCGUUUAAAGAGCUAUUAAUAGAUGAGGACGUGUUGAAUCUCCAUGUGUUCGUCGAAGAUGUUUAUGAAACUAGGAUUGCCCAGAACGAUGCGAAUUUGAGCAUGGGAGAAAUGAUCAAAGCGAUUGAAAACAGAUACAGAGACGAACUGUUACAGUUGGACAAACUUCCUAUAGAACAAGUUGCCAAGCUGGAGGGUAAUGCAUAUUUGGAACAAAUUAAGGUUCUGAAAUUGGCCGAGGAUGCAAAGAAACAAUACUACGCUUUGGAACGACUUACCUAUUAUAUGGAAAAAGCAUUUGCACCACCAUACCACAGAACUGGCAGACAAUUUAAGAAUCGUUCUCAUCCUUUGAAUCCACCGAAACCGAUCCCGCCUCCACCUAGGGCACUGACUGAAGAGGAAGAGGACCACUUGGUGUUCUUCACUGAUUAUUGCGAACAUACUGAUAAUUUACAAGACUAUUUGGCGCCUUUCAACGACGAGGCUGAAGAAAGGCACAAGGAAAACUAAAUAAAAUAUUUUUUAUUUAUACUAUAUUGUUGUUAAUGAAUAAAUAAAUUGGUAGCAUUUUUA